AUGCCCCAUCCAUCAACCCUGUGGCACGAGCCUCUGUCCUUCCCGAUCCUGGUCCUGGGCCUGAUUGUAGGGUUCUGUUGUUGGGCAUAUCGAUGGAAUCAACGAAGUUUGCCUCGAUUGGCAGCAAGAUACAACGUGUCGAAACAUACGACCAAUUACGAAGGUCCGACUAUUAUACCAUUGGAAGAUUUCGAAUGGAAGACCACCGCGCCGUUACAAUUCCGUCCUUUCAAAGGGAAAGAUCGGUAUAACCUGACGAUGGCACUGGAGACGCUGGAUCCGUCAGAGCUCAUACCGAUGGACAGCACAUACAAGGAAAGACUCAGAUUACGCGAAGAGCUCAUCAAACAGCACCACGAUAUCGUCGUUGCCGUCAACGAUUCUCCGACAGCAGAUCCACGUACUCGCCCCGCGGUCAGCGAGCUUUAUUCUUUCAUACUGGGCAACUAUCUGCCAACCCGUUAUCCGAACAUGUUCAAGGUCUCCCAAGACACCAAAACCCAUUGCGAGAUGUUUGAGAGUGUCGUCACGGGGAAGAAGUGGCCGACGACUCUCUCAACUUCAACCCCAACCAUUAGGGGGCUGGAAAUCCUAGCCGAAACAGUCGACGAAGAUUUCUUGAUUCUCUUACCAGAAGCGGAAACAGAAGCUAUGGGACCUUCGGACCAGCCAAAGUAUAUUCUACAAGCGUAUGCGAAUUGCUACCCCGCGGGGUUCAACUCCCGCGAGAAACUCGGCCUUCGUCUCGCGGAUAUCCAUAGCCCUGUUCCUGGAUACCCCGAGAAGCUUGAACGCAGCAUGGACAGGUUCUUUGCUCGAAUAGAGGUUGGGCGAUUCGUGAAGCGAGUCAACUGGAGCAUCACCACUGAGGCGGAGCUAUUCGCUGCCUUCGGUUCCAUUCAUGGACCAGCAUAUGCUGAAGAUGGUACUCAGCAGGCUAUGAAGCCUGAGGAUUUGAAACUGGAUCAGACUUUCUUGCGCUGUGAGCGGCAGACCUUAUAUCGUCUUCCAAGCUCCAAGGCCCUUGUCUUCGGGUUCCAUACCUACACCUAUCCCGUCCAGCAGAUCAAAGAUGAGGGACUGGGAGAGGAUCUCGCGAUUGCCAUUGACGGGUUGAAAAAAGGGAACUCGCCGGCGAUGUACAAAUAUAAGAACGGGAAUAUGUGGGGAGAGGCCUUGAAGGCUUUCCUGCGAUCAUGA